AUGUCAAACCCCACAAAUGACUCACCAAGCUUUGACCUGUCCAAUGAGUGGGCAAGCUCAGAAGAGCCCAAACCCAGCGAGGUGGAGGUCGCCAAGCAGCAAAUGGCAAGUCUUGGCCUGACAGCCAUGGAGCCAUUUUUUGGGGCUUCCCCGCAACAGUCAACCCUGCUUGCCCAGCAGAGUUGGGCUCUGCACCAGGCCAAGAAGACAUCUCCCGCAACACCUUCAAAGGUUCCUCGUUGUAUUCCCUCUUUUAUUCCCUCUUUCCAACCAUCAGGCAUGCCGGUCGCCAAAGGCUCUGGGUCUGGACCACCAUCUGCCGCACCUGCUUUGCAAACCUUGCCAACCACAAGCCCUUUGCGCCUGCCAGUGGCGUCAUUGCGCGUGCCCGGCAGCAAGCUGCGCGGGGUGAAAUUGUAUGCGGCUCUUCAGCCUCGCCCAAUCCCUCCCUACAAGCCGUUGGGCAUGCCCGCUACACAGGACCCCGGGUCCUCUGCUGGCCCUUCUGGAGCACCUUCACCAAAGGUAUCUCCCACCACUAGCCCCUCGUGCCUGCCAGUGGCGUCAUUGCGUGUGCCCGGCAGCAAGCUGUACGCAGCUUUUCAAACUCUGCUGCAAAAGCACAGGCAACAGGAGGAGCUUGAGGGGCCAUCGGAGGGUUCUGGCAUCAAGCUGCUGACCAACACCGCACUGCAGCAGCCGCUUGUGCAUUGUGAAAGCUGA